AUGAAUAAUCAAAUGCCUGAUUCCAUCACCUCCAUGGGUAGUGCUGCGGAGGUUGAUGAAGAUGUGGUUCUGCCGGUGUUGGGUCGUGAAGAAGUAGUGAAACGACGAUGUCGAAGAUUGAAGCAGUUGGGCAGGGUUUACAAAGAUCAUUACUGGUGCAUGAUGGACGAGCUCAAGCGCAAGUACAGAAGGUAUUAUUGGUCCUACGGGAAGAGUCCGGUUACAGAAACGAAUGACGAUGACAAUGAUGUUGAUGAUGGUAAUUUUGAGUUGGAGUUUAGUUGGUGUGCUAUUCGUGGAUGUAAAAACAAAGCCAUGGCGUUAACCAAGUUUUGUCAUGCUCAUAUACUCUCUGAUUCUAAACAGACACUAUACAUGAGGUGCAAUUACGUUGUCCAAAGCUUACAAGCAGGACCAAUAAUUUGUGGGAAAACUGUUCUUAAAUGCACUGUUCCACCUCUGUGUCCCGGUCAUUACCAGAAGGCGGAAAAGCAUGUUACAAGGGCUUUAAAGAAAGCAGGUUUAAAUGUAUCAUCGACAAAUAAGGUUGCUCCAAAAUUUCAUAUCUUAAUUGCGGAAUCUGUUCGCCAAAUUCAGAUUAGCCGAAGGAUUGCUGAAAAAGAAAUGCAAGAAUAUCUUGAAAUUAAAGAGGAAGAGAUUAGCAUCUAG